AUGUCUGAUCCUAGAAGCUUUAUGAUUCCUUGCACUAUAGAGACUAUCACUUUUGAAAAGGCACUCUAUGACCUUGGUUCAAGCAUCAAUUUGAUGCCUCUGUCAGUAAUGAGAAAGCUGGGAAUCCAAGAAGCACAGCCAAUAAGGAUCACCCUACAAUUGGCUGACAAGUCUUUGAGGCAAGCACAUGUGCUAGUGGAGAACGUACUGGUAAAGGUUGGAGAGCUCUUUCUUCCUGCAGACUUUGUGAUACUUGACAUGGGAGAGGAUGUGAAUGACUCCAUCAUUCUAGGAAGACCACUCCUAGCCACUGGAAGAGCCCUGGUAGAUGUUGAGAAAGGAGAAAUGGUGAUGCGGUUGCAUGAGGACUAG